UUUUUAACCUGAAUAAUCUGCUGACCUGCUGACUGAGAAACCAGAUUUGAGUUACUACUUUUUUUUUUUUUUUUUCUUCCUGCUUGGAAGAGCACAGCAGUGGCUCACUGCUCACUUCAAUGUCAUUUUGUUGCUAAUGGGUGUAAGUAAAUUAGAUGUCUUAUACAGAAAGCUGCUCCUCACUAAACUUUUCAUCAGAGGAUGGGGAAAGCCAGAGGAUCUGAAAAGAAUAUUUGAAUUCAGAAAGAUUAUUGGAAACAGGGAAAAAUGCCAGACGCUGGUUUCCAAAGACUACCCAGUGUUCAUUGACAAGGUUGAGCAGCAAUCUGACUGUAAAAUCCUUGAGGGCCACUUCCUUUCCCCGUUGGCUCAUUGUGUCCCAGGUAUCCUGCCAGUUGAAUCGCUUGUAGCAAGAUUUCAGUUCAUCAUACCCAGAAGAUGGAACGGCAAGCACAGACCUGUGUGCAUUCAUUUAGCAGGCACUGGAGAUCAUCACUUCUGGAGGAGACGCACGUUAAUGGCACGCCCAAUGAUAAAAGAAGCCUGCAUGGCAUCCCUGUUGCUAGAAAAUCCUUACUAUGGCUGUAGAAAACCUAAGGAUCAAUUACGGUCAUGUUUAAAAAAUGUCUCGGACCUGUUUGUGAUGGGAGGAGCUCUUGUUCUAGAAUCUGCAGCUCUUUUGCACUGGCUAGAGAGAGAAGGCUAUGGACCACUAGGGAUGACUGGAAUAUCCAUGGGAGGACAUAUGGCUUCACUGGCAGUGACAAACUGGCCUAAACCAUUGCCAUUGAUUCCCUGUCUUUCCUGGUCAACAGCUUCUGCAGUCUUCACUACGGGUGUGUUGAGCAAGGCAGUGAACUGGAGAGAGCUAGAGAAACAGUAUUUUACACAAACUGUUUAUGAAGAAGAAAUCAUUCAAAUGCUGGAAUACUGUGGAACGGAUUCUUUCAAGAUGGGACAAGACUUUGUUAAAAACUUUCCCGAGAGUGUGGACAGUUUGGAGGAUGUGGAUGUGACUUCCAGAAUGUUUGACCUUGAUUGCUCAAACAAGAUUGUAUCUAAAGAAGCUGUUCACAACUUUGCCACAAAUAAUACUUUAAGUGCCUCAUCAGAAAGACUCUUAAUACAAGAAGCUCCUAAAAUGCAGUGCAUAAAUCAAACGUUUUCAACCAGUAGCAAUAGCAAUAAAAACUUCACCAGCCCACAAGGACACUGGAUAAAUAGAAGAAGAAAGAGUGACACUUUGCAGAGAGAAUCCUUAAGGUUCAUGAAGGGAGUAAUGGAUGAGUGUACCCAUGUAGCUAACUUCUCAGUUCCAGUUGACCCAAGUUUGAUCAUAGUUGUACAAGCUAAGGAGGAUGCAUAUAUUCCUCGAACUGGGGUCCGCAGUCUUCAGGAAAUCUGGCCUGGAUGUGAAAUCAGGUAUCUGGAUGGAGGUCAUGUCAGUGCCUACCUCUUCAAACAAGGACUCUUUAGACAAGCUAUUUAUGACGCCUUUGACCGCUUCCUUCAGAAAUACGCCGUUUAAAAACCUCCAUGCUGAAUUCAGACUGACCUCAUUUGUAUUUCUGCUUACUGGAACUCAU